AUGGAGGAUGCCGCCUACUCCCUUCCUGUUGGGGGUCAUGUACAAGGGCAUUACAGUAACCUCCUAUUCCCGUCAGCGCUUGUCGAAAGAUUCGACAUGAAGCUGUUUUGCGCUAACUUGCAGGUCCACUUGGGACGCAACUUCGGCCGGACCCAGCAGUUGGGCGCCAACCCACUUCGUACUACCAAAAAUAGGACCCUUUUUGGACAUGGUAUGUUGGGAAUUCUACUCCCCAAGUUUGACAUUUCCUGGUGGUGGAGGAGUGAACCGAACAAUGACCGUUUCGAGAUCCGUUCAGGAAAUCCACGUCCCAUUUCACCAUCUGUAGCAGAGGCAUGUGUACAAAGAGAUUGGACUUCCGUCUACGAUACCGCUGAUAAUACUGUAGCAGUGUAG